AUGACGAAUUUAGGAAUAGAAAGUGCAAUUUUGUUGUUAUGUGUUAUGAUGAUGUAUAGCAUUAGCAGAUCGGCACCUGUUCCUUCCGAAGACACACUCGUCGGAGUUUCCCCUGAAGAUGAAAAUUAUUACAGAGGAUGGUCAUCUUCUGGUACCGUAAAAUGCAAAGAUGGAUCAAAGAAAUUUAGCAAGUCUCAGUUCAAUGAUGACUUUUGCGAUUGCUCUGACGGCUCGGAUGAGCCGGGAACAUCUGCUUGCCCCAAUGGGAAGUUCUAUUGUAAGAAUGCAGGACAUGUUCCACUGUUCUUAUAUUCUUCUAGGGUCAAUGAUGGUUUGUGCGAUUGUUGUGAUGGGAGUGAUGAGUAUGAUGGUAAAAUUAAGUGCCCUAAUACUUGUUGGGAGGCUGGCAAAGUCGCAAGAGAUAAAUUGAAGAAUAAAAUUACAACAUACAAAGAAGGUCUCAUUAUAAGAAGACAGGAAAUUGAACAAGCAAAAUUAGCAAUAGCAAAAGAGGAGGCCGAACUAUCAAUGCUGAAAGAUCAGGAGAAGAUACUCAAGGGCUUGGUUGAACAACUCAAGGAGCACAAAGAAGAGAUAGAAAAGGCUGAGGAAAAAGAACGGUUGCAGAAAGAAAAAGAAGAGCUAGAAAGAAAGGAAGAUGAAGAAUCUAAAUUGAAGCAAAGCAAAGCUGAAGAGAAUGCUGGAAGUGUAGGAGAACCUGAGAAGAAUGAUAUCCAUGAUAAGAUUGGCUCACUAGAUGAUUCUCCAUCUCUACAGGAUAUCGUGGAGGAUAAUCAUAAAUCUGUUGGUGACCCUAAGAUUAGUGAUCAGAGCAACAGAGUCGAACAGGUGAAAGGAGAUUCUCUCCAGGAUACUGAACAGAAUGAGGGAGAUUCAACUGUUGAUGGCGAAGCUGGUCUUGAUACUGGAAAUCAGGAGAAAGAUGUACUUGAAGAUACCGAGUCUUUAUCGCGAGAAGAGUUAGGGCGUCGUAUUGCUUCUCGGUGGACUGGUGAAAUGGCUGAGCAACAAACCAAAGACGUUGAUGCCUCUAAAGAUAAUGAUCCUCAAAACCACGAUGAAACGCUUGACGAUAGCCAUGAUGAGGAAUAUGGUGGCUAUGACUCAGAAGACGUUGAUCAGAGGUAUGAUGAUGAUGAUAACAGUGAAGACCAGUCUGAAGAGUAUGAGGGGGAGGAUCUUGAGGAUUCGAGUUCUUCAUACAAACCUGAGUCAGAUGAUGAAUUACACUUGUCAGAUGUAACUGGUAUGAAUAGCCAAUCGUGGCUGGAGAAGAUACAGCAAACUGUGAAGAGCAUCUUUCAGGCUGUCAAUUUUUUACAAACUCCUGUGGAUAUAUCUGACGCUGCACGUGUACGCAAAGAGUAUGACGAAUCCAGUUCAAAGUUAUCCAAAAUACAGUCCAGGAUAUCAAGUCUCACACAGAAGCUAAAAUAUGAUUUUGGACAUGAGAAGGAAUUUUAUUCAUUCUAUGGUCAAUGUUUUGAGAGCAAGCAGAACAAGUAUGUUUACAAAAUCUGUCCUUUUAAACAAGCUACUCAAGUGGAGGGUCAUAGUACAACUCGUUUGGGGAGCUGGGAGAAAUUUGAUGAGUCCUAUGGAAUCAUGCUAUUUUCAAAUGGAGAUCAUUGCUGGAAUGGCCCAGAUAGAAGCAUAAAGGUAAAGUUAAGAUGUGGUUUGAAAAAUGAAGUUUUAGACAUAGGUGAACCAAGCCGUUGCGAGUACGCAGCGUUGUUGUCUACUCCAGCCUUGUGCGUGGAAGAUAAACUUAAGGUACUGGAAGUUAAACUAGAGACGAUGAACAACGAGCAACCCCAGGUUCACGAUGAGCUUUGA